AUGCGACUUACAUACAUCAACAACGAUCGUGGACCUCAUCCAAUGGACAAGGCUGUUCUGUCGUCUUCACAUCUGGACAACCUGGACUUUACUGCUCUUGCAUACGGACCAGAAGCCGUUUGUCCUUCGGAGAUGUCCGAGCUGAAACAGUGCCUACUCCAAGCCCGCAACUUGAAGACUCUGCGUUUGCAAGUCGGCGCCCUUUCCGGACACAUGAAUGACGACUACCAAGAGAGCCCACUCAAUCUUCCGUUUCGGGAGGGUGAUAUGUUCCCGGCACUCGAGGAGUUGACCUUAGAUCCAAAGCAUCAGAACUACUUUUCAACUGCAGAGCAUUGUCAGAUGUGGUCACGUUGCAUGGACUGGAGUCAGCUACAUACCCUAGAUUUCGGUGAAGGUACCCCUACAGCCCUUCUACAAGCAUUGACAGGACGUGUCUCACAGCUCAAGACAUUUAACUUCGGCUUCCGGGAGGGUUACAUGGGCGCUGCGAGGGCCUGUUGGAACUCGAACCAGGACAUGAAAGUUCUUGAGCGUUUUCUCAAUUCAAUCGAUGCACUGAGAAAUGUGAAGACGUGUUGUGAAGAUGACGUCCACGUGCAGAUGGUGCGACCUAAACUUCUAGCCAAGCAUGGACAGAGCCUGCGUAGUUUGGAAGCAAAGUAUUGGAGGGAUGUAGCGUGGGAACCCGAGCACUUUUACAAUCUAGCGGAGACAGCUCGAGGGGUAAAGGUAUUGCGAUUGCCAAUGAGAGUGCAGAGGAAAGAGGGAACGAAGGGGUUGAGCGUAUGGCCGGAUGAUCAGGCUACGCGCAAGACAUCGGCCAUCGCACGUCUGAGGAAGCUCUUCACCAUAUCCAGCUCGCAGAGGCAUGGUGUUUCGUCGCUUGAAUCCUCAACUCUGUCAUCUUCGCCAUGGACACCGCCGAGCGCCGCGGCUUACCGAUCUAUCCACUCAGCGCUGACUUCAUUCCGCCACCUCACACAGCUUCAACUCAGACUGUAUCUGCAGUUAGACUCAGACCAGUUGAUUUCGUACCCGCAUUCAGAUGCAUGGGGCUCACCUCAGAUCAAAGAGAAGGUUGCCCACAAAUUAAUGCUGCGCUAA